AUGGACGAGGGCUCGGCCGAUCCAGUGAUUGGCAACUGUUACGAAGAUGACUUCCUUCCGCCGUUUCAGACCGAUAUCGAUUUCGAUUCAAUAAUCAACGAUUUCGACCCAGCAGUUUUUGACCAGGCGAGCUCACUAUCGUCUAUCAAAUACGAAAUCGACUCAGGCCAUGGCUGCUCUCCGCAAUCCUCGCCAUCGUCGGCCACCUCUACGAUUUCGACAAACUCGCCCCAGCCAAGUAUCACCUACAACGAGCUGGCAUGUCAAACAUCCGAUGCACUUGUUGAGUACAAACCAACACCAACGCAAAUUGUGAUCAAGACGGCGAGCGAAGUUGAAACGAGAAAUUGUGAAAAAAGACGCAUCUCGAUUCGCGAAAAGAAACCAACGCCAAAGAAAAAGGCAAGAAUCGAAAAAUGCGACUCGCCAAAAAUCGUCAAGAUUGAAAAGGCACCCGAAAGUGUUCAAAUCCAAGAGGAGGAUUUCACCAUCGACGGCGAAAUGUCUCAGGCAGAAAUCAACGCAGUCCUCGAACAGAACAACUGGGAGGCGAACGAGAAAAACAUCAAGAAAGCAAAGCGAAAAAUUAAGAACAAGAAGUCGGCGCAAGAAAGCCGCCGCCGGAAAAAGGAACACAUGACCGAUUUGGAGGAGAAGGCAAAGCACUAUGAAAGCAAAUCGUCGCGAUUGGAGCGAGAACUCGAAAAGGAACGAGCGCAGAACAAGUCCUUGAUGAGCCAGGUCCGCGAAUUGCGAAACGUGGUGAACCAGCAGUUCCAAGGCAAGAACGCCAAAUCGGCGACUACGCAGACCUCUGCGGCAGUAAUGGUCGUUCUGCUCUGCAUGACUAUCUUCAAGGGAACUUGGUCGAGCAGCGAAAACAACAAGAACAACAAGGCUAAGGACAACAUUAUUUCCAUCACUGACGAAUUCGACUACACCCCAACAUCAUUUAAAUCCCGAAUGCUGAAAUGCUUCUCUGAGGAUGAUCUUGACUUUUGCAUGGUUGACGAGGACGCGUAUCCGACGAUCGACUUCGACACUGACUCUGACGCUUCUGACGACGAACUGGACCCGGACCUGGACUUCUUGAGUGGUAAAAUGGACGAACUGAACUUGGCGGUGCCAAAAGAGGAAAAACAAUGGGAGUACACUCCCGGCGCGCUGGUCAAAGUCGUCGCGCAAAUGUUUGACGACGAGCGCGAGAACGUCACUGAGCAACAGCCUCCGGAAGGAGUGAGAAUGGUUUCUUGA